AUGGCUGGGGAAAUCCUGGCUAUGGGUAAUACACCUAAACUCGGCAAUCUGAAACUUGCCCAAUUCGCCGUUUAUGGUCUAAUGGACGCAUUACAAGAUCGAAUCUACGAACGCCAACUAUUGGAAGUGAAUCCCUUCAAGUACGGCCCAUUUGAAAAGCAAGCAAAUGCAUCCUUCCUUGCAAUUCAAUGCCCCACCGAACUUCCAACCAUGGCCAAGCCACCUCUUAACGCACCACCGACGCUAGGCCAAGAUGAAUUCAUCUGGCGAGUCCAUGCGUACCUGGACUCGCAAGGACUUUGUCAUUUCUGCAAAAAACACUGCGGUAACGCCGCAGGAGCAUGCCCCGGCCCAAUCGACCGCUCCCAUAUCAAUAUCCCUGUCAACUUCCAAACGCCAACCAAACCACUGGAUUACGUGGCCCCCCGCGCCUGGAGUAAACCAAUCACUGGUCCCAGACAAUCAUCUCAACCUCCGGCCGGCCGCCCUCCGGCUCGUGCAGCUAGCGUAGCAGGAAUUGCAGAAGUCACACCACUUGAAGCUCGGGUCGCCGGUCUGACUGUGGACGCGGCAAUCAGGGAAGAUGCUCGUCAUUACUGCAAAUUCGACGAUGAAGGCAGUUUCCCAGCCCUUGGCACAGCAGCGGUGGCGGCACUUGAAGAUCUUGAUAGUCAGCUUUUACAAAACGAAAUUGACCAGGCGACCCAGGCUUCUACCGGUUGA